CGCCAUAAAAUCCCAACGCCCAGUUUCUGCCAUUUUCUUGCAUCGAAACCAUCCUUGUUUGCUUGGAGGGAUGAAGACUCCUUCCUAGGCUUUUGUAGGAUCUGGCGUUUUUCUUAGACCUCAAAGUUGCCACCUUUGGAUCUGAUGGAAUCACAACCUCAGAGACCUUCUGAGGGUCAUCCCAUGGAUACCAAUCCAAUCCCAUCUUCGGCGUGUAAUCUGUGCGGAAGAGUCGUUCAAUCUGCUUCCGAUGAUCUUGAAAUCUUUAGCUUAUGUGUAGACUGUAAGUUUUUGUUGCUUGAAGAUUUCGGCACCCCCGCCCCUCCCUUGGCCCGGAGGCAGACUGCUCGAAGGAGGAGGAGGAGGAUGAGGAGAAGGAUAAGUAGGCACGCGAGCUCUGAGUCUGUCGGUGAUCUUUCCACCCAACAGUUCACACACUUGAUAAGCAUGGCAAGACAAAGCCUUUCAACGGUUCAUGGUAGUGAUGACCAGCGAACUAGCUCCCAUACCACUCCUAGUGGUUCGACAAGAUGGAGACUUUUCUCAGAAUCUGAAAGUGAAGAUUUUGACAACUUUGGUGAAACCGAAUCAAACGCUAGUUUUAACCUCUACAGAUUUUCCCAUGGUGAUAAUGAUGUCAUUUCUUUUAGUGCUUACGGUGGAGAGUCCGAUGCUUCCACGGACAGGCAUGGUUUCCUUGAUACAGAAAUCUUUGUUCAAGCAGACGACAUGAACGAUAUUGACUUUGAAACUGAUAUAGACCCGAUGCAUGCUGGUCUGAACCAAUGGAACUCAGACGAAGAAGACAGGGAUUGGGAUGAAGGAGCGGGUCCAUCUGGGGUUGCAGGAACACGGUAUAGAAAUUAUUUGGCAAGUCCAAGUGAGAGCUACAGCUCUAUGACUUGGUUUGAUUCACCUGACUUAGAAAGAGGGUUUCGUCAAAGAAUUAUUGAGAGGAGGCAGGCGUUAUCUCGCAACAUUUUUACUGGUUUGGAGGAUAUGGAGUUCUCUCCCUAUGCUGCAAAUGUUGGGGAUUAUCUUGAUGAGAGAGGCUUUGAGGAACUGCUUGAGCAACUUGCCGAGGCUGAUAAUUCAAGAAGAAUUGCACCACCUGCAUCUGUGACUUGCAUCAGGAAUCUUCCAAGGGUUAUCACUGGAGAGGAUGAUGUAAAGAAGGGCCUAGUCUGUGCUAUCUGCAAGGAGCUUUUCUUCGUCGGCAAUGAAACCACACAGCUUCCUUGUCUACAUCUAUAUCAUGCUCAUUGUAUCGUACCGUGGCUGAGUUCCCAUAACUCCUGCCCACUCUGCCGUUACGAGCUCCCAACAGAUGAUAAAGAUUACGAGGAGGGAAAGCAGAAUGUGUUGGAUGUGAGCGCGGAUAGCUCCUCCUUUGAUGAUGGCACAGAAGCGGGCGAAGAGGAAUAUGUUGAGAGAGGUGAGAGUGAGCCUCGGGUAAGCAGAGUCAGCACAGGAAGAUGGCUGUUUCUGGCUGCUGCACCAGUUGUGGGUCUGGUGGGGGUUGUGUUGGUAAUGUGGCUAAGCAACCCUCAGAGAAGGGAUAUAGCAGUCUCCCAUAGCCAAAGGGGGAGCAGAACCAGAAGAUGGCUGCCGUUUUUCUGAAUGAUUCCCAUUCCUGUUGUACCUCCAGAAUCUGUAUUUUAUUUACAGACGUAAAAGAAGAUUGUAGUUUUAUUUGCUGUUUAUUGACUUGUACUGUUUCCACAUGUUAGUUUAAUUGAAGUUUAACCAAAGUUGUGCUG